UUGACGAAGCCACGAGGGCUGGAUUCCUACGAAUACAACGAGCAGAACGAGACGGAGUCAGUGACAGUGGGAAAGGAGCACAAAAAGGACAAGGAAGAUAGCAUCGACUACAACGAAAGAGAAGUGUACAUGAACUGUAAAGCAAGUAAAAUGUCAAGAGGGUUCAGAGAGUACGUGGACAACUACUACAGGUACAAAGGAACGUUCGCGUUCCCGCCGUGGCUGGAAGUGAAGAACAUAAGAGACGCGGACGGAAGGAAGCCGACGGAGGAAGACUACAAAGUAAACACAAUGUGGAUACCGCCGAAAAACCACAGGUGGGCGUACGAGUUUAGAAGCGGCCACUACACGGAGUGUAUGCAGCAGUGGUGGAACAUAAAGCAGAACCACUUCGACUCGCUGGUCUUUUUUAAAAUGGGCAGGUUCUACGAACUCUUCUACCACGACGCGUGCAUACUGCAGAGCCUGGUUAACCUGCGCUGGAUGGGCUCGGAGACGAAGCCGCACGUGGGAUUCCCGGAAAAAAGCAUACACACGUACGCAAAAGCGUGCGUUAACUCAGGGUACAAAGUAGUGGUGGUGGAGCAGACGGAGACGCCGCAGCAGCUGGAAAAGAGAAACAAGGAGUCGGGAAGUUACAACAAGGCAGUGAAGAGAGACGUGUGUGAAAUAAUAACGGCAGGAACAGUGACGAGGCCAGAAAUGCUGGAUAGACAAAGUAGACCGCUGGUGCUCGUGUCAAAGGAGGGAGAAAAUAGAAUGGCAGUGAUAGCAAUAGACGUGUCGAUGAGUAAAAUGAGGUUCGGAAGCCUGAAGGAGCAGAACCAGAGAAAACAGCAGCAGUUCGGACAGUGGAACGAGCAGUUUUCUCAGCUGAGAACAAUCCUGAUGCACCUGUGCCCAGCAGAAGUGGUCCUGGACAGGGAGUUGGUGAAGAACCAGGAGCUGGCGAAGAUGAUAAAGGUGCUGCCGUACGCGCCAGAAGUGACCAGUAACAACGGAGAAUCGCAGCACAAGUCGCUGUACGAAAAGGUGUUACUGGAGUAUCCAGUGGAAGGAAGGGAGUGUAAAGAAGCGCUGAAGUUGGCGGAGUCGUACCUGAAGGUGAUACUGAUGGAUAAGCUGGCGGAGUACUGCUACGUGGAGCCGCUUCAAGUGUCGGAGAUGGAGGUGAUGAACAUGGAUUACUCGGCACUGACGCACCUGGAGCUGUUCUACACGCAGGAGGGAACCACGAAAAACUCGCUCUUCGACUACAUGAACAACACGGCGACGUCGUUCGGAGAGAGGAUGCUGAGAACAUGGCUGCUGAACCCACUGACGAACGCGGAGGCAAUAGAGAGGAGAAGCGAGUGCGUGGCCUUUCUGUUUGAUAAUUACGCGCUGGUGACGACAAUAAAGCAGGACCUGGACAAGUUCCCAGACCUGGAAAGGUCGCUGGGGAAGGUGCUCAACGCAGCAUCGAACUUGCACAAGAAGGCAGUGUACUUCGACGAAGGAGUGUUCAGUAAGCUGUAUGAGCUGUACACAAUGCUGGACAGGUUUAAGAAGCUGGAGGACGUGGUCCUCUACUUCUUGAACGAGGCGGUGAAGAUGUUUAACGCGCCGGGACUGGCUAGGAGUCAGGCAGGAGCGGAAGGCUCAGGAUGUCCGAAGUCGAAGUUGCUGGCGACGAUGAGAGAGAACUACACAAGUUGCUCCCAGGACAUCUUCAACUACAAGAGCAUGCUGACGUUCACGGAGGACAGGAAGUGCAGAAGCAGGAGCUGGCCGAGGUCGCUGGCAGUGCAGAAGGAAAUAGAUAAGGUGGUGAGUAAGUUGAACGAGGUGCUGGCGCAGAUACAGCACUCGGCGCCGUCAGCGACCUUCGUAAACUGCAAGUUCAGAUACGAAGUGGAAAUGACGGAAACGGAGUUCCACAGAUACAACAGAAGCACCGGAAACACAAUGGAAAUAACGUCGACGAAAAGCGGAUUCAUAAGAGCGAGGAACGAAAGAAUACUGGAGCUGAUCGACGAGUUGGAGGAGGCGGAGUUUAAGCUGAAGGAGAGCGAGGAGGAGUUCUACCAGCACAUCGUGAGCGAGUUCCACAAAAACAGCUACAAGUUCUGCAAGCUGAUAGAAACUGCCGCGGCGCUGGACUGCCUGUCGUCGCUGGCGACAGUGGCGAGGAACUCGCCAUUCCAAAUGGUGCGGCCGCGAGUGCACUCCAAGGAUAAGAACGUGCUGAAGCUGAAGGACUCAGUGUACCCGCUGUUCGCGGCGAACAGCACCUCGACGGGGUUCGUGCCCAACGACGUGUGCAUAGGGGACUUCGAGGAGUGCGCGACCCCGAUCAUAGUAAUAACGGGGCCGAACAUGGGAGGCAAGUCGACGCUGCUAAGGCAAAUAGCACUGACGGUGAUCAUGGGCCAGAUGGGAUCGUUCGUGAGCGCCUCAAGCUGCGAGUUCAGCGUCGUGGAUUCUGUUUUCACGAGGCUAGGAGCAUCUGAUAACCUGGUGGAGGGGAAGAGUACCUUCCUGGUGGAGUUGCAGGAUAUAUCGAACAUACUAUCGAAGGCGACGAGUAGUUCACUGGCACUGAUCGAUGAACUGGGAAGAGGAACGUCGACGUUCGACGGAACAGCAAUAGCGGCGGCAACGCUGGAAAAAAUAUCAAAAAUAGGAUGCAGAUGCGUAUUCACGACACAUUUUCAAGAUGUGUGCAGAUCGGCGAAGGAAUUCAAAAACGUGACAAUGUAUCACAUGGCAGCAAGGGUGGACGAGCAGGAACAGAACGUGGAGUUCCUGUAUAAACUGGUGCCAGGAGUGUGCCCGGACUCACACGGACUACACGUGGCGAAACUGGCAAAAAUACCGGACCACGUGCUGAGAACAGCACGAAGCGCAAGACUGAGGUUAAUUGGAAGUAAUAAUAGCAAAGAUGGUAACACAGCAGAAAAUAAUAGAAAAAAGUACGAGAAAAUAGGAGAUGAAAUAGUGAGGGCCCACCAAAGUGGGAACAUGGAUCUUCUACAUGAUUUAUACAUUAAGUAUUCAAUAUGA